CUCUCUCUGGUCUAUUAGCAUAACUCGCACAUAGUCAUUAGCGAAGUAUCUUCGAAAAACCCUAAAAGAAUCUAAUUUUGCUGUCACCCUCUUUCUCUGAUUCUUGAAAAUUUCCAAAGAUGCCUUGGUUGUUUGCAUUCAAAGGGAAAUCUGGAUUUUCAGCUAAGAACACAGCUGAAGAUGUUACUGAAGGAGUUGAUGGCCAUGGCUUAACCGCCAUUGUUACAGGACCAACAAGCGGUAUUGGCCUAGAAACCGCACGUGUUCUAGCUUUGCGCGGUGUUCAUGUAGUUAUGGCCGCUAGAAAUGUGGAAGCUUGUAAUAAAUGUAAAGAAACCAUAAUGAAGGGUUGCCCUAGUGCCACCAUUGACGUUAUGGAGCUCGAUGUAAGUUCACUAGAAUCUGUCAGAAACUUCGCAAAUGCGUACCUCUCCAAGGGUCUACCUCUCAACAUCCUAAUUUGUAAUGCAGGAGUGAUGGCUUGUCCAUUUUCCCUUUCUAAAGACGGAAUUGAGAAUCAGUUUGCGACUAACUAUCUUGGACACUUCCUUUUGACGAAUCUUUUGUUGGAUACGAUGAAAAGUACCGUGAAAAAUUGCGGGAUUGAAGGGAGGAUCGUCAUAGUUUCAUCGGAGGCUCAUCGGGUGAAUUACAAUGGGGGAAUCGCGUUUGACAAGCUACACGACGGAAAAGGAUAUAGUAGUUUCUACGCCUAUGGUCAAUCAAAGCUUGCUAAUAUUCUGCAUGCUAAGGAGCUAACGAAUCGCCUCAAGGAAGAAGGGGUAAACAUAACGGUGAACGCAUUGCAUCCUGGAGUUAUUUCAACCAAUCUUGCUCGUCACUCGACCUUUAUGACAGUUUGCGUACACGGAAUCUUCGGUGCCAUUCAGAAAAACGUCCGACAGGGAGCUUCAACGACAUGCUUUGUGGCAUUGAGCCCAAAGGUGAAAGGGGUUAGCGGUGAGUAUUUUGCCGACAAUAAUGUGGCUAAACCGAGCGGUGCGGCUAGAGACCCCGAGUUGGCCAAGAAGCUGUGGGAGUGCGGUACCAAGUUAACCGCUUCUAAGUGAUUCACGAGAGCUUAAUUGUUCGUUCUGCUGUAACAUAAUCUUCGUUCUGAUUCUUUCGUUUUUCUUUUUGUUGUGAAUAUGGUGUAUGAUCGUUUUGAGUGUUGGUGUUUUUGUAUGGUGUGUAAAGUGUAUUUAAUGAAUUAUUUGGAAUGUUUGUUUUUGUGUGUAUACAAAAAUAAAAGAAAUUAAAGGUCAA